AUGGCGCACGUCUCGAUCCCGCUCACUCAUGGCAGGCAUGAGAUGCUGAGUCAGGUUGCGCAACUCAAUGGUCGGACAUUCAGCGAAGAUCCGGUCAUUAAUUAUAUGCUUCAGGAUAUCCCAAAGAGGGAACGGCUAGCGUACCUACCAACUUACUGGUCCGUUCUUGUCAAAUCAGCCCUACUAAACGAGGCUGUAAUCACCGAAGCCGAUGGCUGGAAAGCAGCAGCCGUGGUUGUUCCCCCGGGCAAGCAAGUUGACAAUGUGUGGACACUUUUCUAUUCUGGGUUUGGUUGUGUUCUUUGGAAGAUGGGCUUCUCUGGUUUGAAGCGUCUAUGGUCCGAAUUCUCGGGAAUGACCGAUAAUGCCAAGAAAGUUGGUCUGCAAGGCCAAAAGCGAUACUAUUACAUUUUCAGCAUUGGGACUGAGACUGAGCACCGCGGCAAAGGGCUUGCAAGGGCCAUCAUACGUGACCGUAUGAGACAAGCACAACUGGAAAAUCUGCCAAUCUGGCUCGAAGCCACGACUCCAAAUUCUCGCAAGCUCUAUUUGUCCAUGGGAUUCCAGGAAAUUGAGAAGAUAGUUCUUGGCAAAGGCAAAGUUGAUGAUCAUGCUCAGCCACAGCCCGGAGGCUCUGGUGUGCCUCUCUGGGCGAUGAUCUGGUGGCCUGCUCAGAUUGCCGAUGAAACUCCCACAUCAUCGUAA